AUGUCGUUAAAUGUAGUUGUUAUCAUUGAGAGAUCGUUGCUCUUGGAGAUGCAUUGUGUUGUUACGUUAACUAAUAGUUGGUUACGGUUUUUUAUUGUAGUUGGCCUGAAACACGGCAACGGUGGCGUAGGCAGCGCGAGCAGCUCCAGGAGUACCAGUCCGAGUCAGCAGCAACCGUCUCAGGGCGGUUUCUCGUUCAUUCCGCAACCCAGGAACCAGAACUCGACGAAUCGACAGCCUACGGCCACCACACCAAGUCCUCGGGCAUCCACGGUAGGUCGACCUAAUGGAGGCUUGAGGCCCCAACAGCAGGCCUUACCGUAUUCCGGAAAUACUGCUCCUGCCCCUCAGACCAACAAAAAUUCCGUGCUGGACAAGUUCAAGCUGUUCAACAACAAGGAUAAAAAUCAGGAGCGCGGGAAAGCUUCCUCAGGAGUGUCGAAGCGCACCUCGAGCUCGUCGGGGUUUUCUUCCGCCCGAUCCGAGCAUUCGGACAGUUCGACUUCCCUGUGUGACCAGGGCAAGGUGCAACAAGCGCAGGAGUCGCCGAAGAGCCGUGCGUUCAAGUCGAAGCUGCAGUCAGCCAAGCCAGCCAAGCAGGCCAGUCCGAAGACGGGCAGGAAGGAGCAGAGCAAAUCUCAGAGCAAGAUCGCGCGCACGAGUAAAGGCCCGCCGAGUUCCUUGGAUAAGCUGCCGAUCGUUUACAACAGUCCAGUUCUGGAGCAGGAUGGAAAGCUCGCCAGUAAAGUGGUGGGUAGCAAGUUUCCGAACGAACGAAAGACCCCGAAUCUCCAGGAACUAGUGAAGCAGCCACUGGUGCAGCCUCCGAAGACGAACCCGUCUGCCCUGACGCCGCCUCGGCAAAUCACCGCGUGUUUGAUCGCUUCGCAAGACGCGAAGAACAUCACCCAGAAGAACGAGCAAUUGACGAAAUUGUCGCCCAGACCGAAGAUGGAACUUCCAGGCAAGAUGUCAGAUCCGAAAAUCCACCUGCAGAGCUUGAAGCCUCCGCCUAACGGUUUGAACAAGGAGCUCGUGCUACAAAAGGCCAUCCUAGCAAACACCAACGGCAUCAUCAAACCGUCCGAGCUGGCCGAGGAGACGACAGCGCACGAAAACGACCCUUUCGACCGCACCCUGUGCAUGAAUCAGGCGAACCUGUCGGGCGGCAAGGACCUCGCGACCAGGCAGAAGGAGCUAGAGAUCCCGGGAACCGAUAAUGAGGAGCAAUCGGGCGUGGAGAACUUCGGCUCGCCGUCCAAGAGAUCAAAUCAGAACAAGGUCAUCCGCGAAGAAGAAAUCGGAUCCGCCGACGUUUCCGGUGAGAAGCAAGUGUCUCAGCUCAAUCGUGGGAACCCAGCUGAGAAGCCGAGCAACGUUGAAGAAGGAUCCGUGAGUCUUCCAUCGCAGAACAAUUCGAAUCUUGGAUCCGGCAAGCCGCUCGCGGGAUCGAACAGUCCGCUUCAGGGCCCGAGUCUGGCUGGUCCCGGACUCGGUCCGGGCUCCAGCAUCCCGAAACCUACCGCCCUGGUAAAGGGCACGUCGAAACCGUCGAAGGAGAGCGGCAUAACGGGCGGCGUGCCAACACCAACGAAGCCGAAGGGUAGCGACGCCCUCCAUCGCAAGCUCGAUCCGAACACAGUGGCGAUGGUGUCGCCGAUGCCGAGUAUCUCGGACUUGAUGUCUGAAAGUUCGCACAGCAAUUCCAACAGCACCGGACAGAGCAACUCGAGCGACAGCAGCGUAAUCUACAGACCUAGCAGCGAGAGUGGCAGCGAGAUCAAGACAAUUCCCAAUCGCAAGAUCGACACGUUUGAACAGAUGGAGAAGGUGCUGUCAGAAAGCUCGACCUGCGGCGGUUCCCUGGCCGAUGACGAGGCUGAAAUGACGGUGAAACCGAUGCAGCCUCUGUUGCGUGGUUACACGCCUGGAGCCCGAGGCUUGCAGACUCUUCCAAGCCGCACCACUGCGCGGCAGUACACCGUUUUGCAUUCGUCGUCGCAUCACCAUGUCGGCGGUCAUCACGACUACACCGAUGUGGAUGUCGCCUCCGGGUACUUGAGCGACGGCGAAGUGCUGCGAGGAGGCGGCAUGAGCGUCGGCAGCAGAACUUUGUCAGAUCUGUGUGACGGAUACAUGUCCGAGGGCGGCGCGUCCUUGUACGCCCGCAGGAUCAAUCCUUCGUACGGCCACGAGCACGACAGGUAAGUCGCUGUAACCUCAAGAUGCUUUCACUUUAGAACUAACUUUUUAUAGAUUUAACUGCGUCUGCUGUCAGCAGAGCUUUAACAAGUUGGCAUGCGUUUUGAUACGCGAAUAGCAGAUUUGAGUGUUAUUUGUAGUAGAUAAUUCAUACGAUGACAUAUUAUGAUAUGAUAUAUGAUAUAUAGUCAUGUGAUGAUGAUGAUGAUGAUGAUACAGUGAAUAUUAUAGAGGAAGGAUUUUGCACCUCGAGGAAUUAUCUGACUCAAUUUUCGAACGGUGGAAUCCAUUUAUUACGAGUUAAUUAGCGAAGCCGCGCCAAAAACUGGGUCUUCGAUAAAGCAAUAAGCCUUUCUGAUGUAAAUUAAUAAUUAAUCGCAAUGGAAAAAUGUUUUAGAACAAAUACCUUAAUUGUUUCAAUUAAACUUUUAUUUUUACAUUUUGUGUUAAUAACAUAAGUAAUUGUGAAAUGGUUCUAAUUACAGAAAUUUUGAAAUGCGUUUAUAAUAUUCCAGAAUCUGUAAUAAUUACAUUUCAUAAGUAAUACCUCGAAGGAUAUUAACGUUUGAUGCACAACGUAAAUAAUAAAAGACUAUUAAUAUCUCGAUAUAAAUAAUAUUAGGAGUGUGAUUUAGUUUUGAGGGUUUUGC